CCUGACCUUUUGCAUCUAUUAAAACAUGGCCGCUAGGAAUUGGCAACUGUAUUUGGACGUUAUAUUUCGAAUAAUAACAUUUAUUGCUGUCUUCAUUCUCUUUGUACUAUUCACUGUUCUAAAGGACGUUGUAGAUCCAAGAAUAGUCGGAUUCUUUUGUGAUGAUAACAGCAUACGUUAUCCUUAUAAGAAUCACCAGUCAGUUCCUGAUUGGAGCUUGUAUCUGCUAGUACUGGGGACUCCUACCAUUGUGAUGGUUCUUGGUAUGCUGCUAGAGAUACUCACAAAGAAAUGCAAGAGAGGACAAGACAGCAAUAGAAGCAGUCGUCUCCUUUAUAAGCAGAUGAUACUGAAAGCUUGUCUCUGGUUUUAUUGGUUCUUGAUUGGAAUUGCAUUGACCGAUAUCAUCACAAAUAUCGUCAAGAUGUAUUUUGGUGAACUCCGACCUCAUUUCCUUGCCGUCUGUGAUCCUGAUUGGUCCCUCAUCAAUUGUACUAACGAGUAUGGACACUAUGUUUACGUUACCAAUUACACUUGUCGUGGUACAGCUGCUAUGGUGAGAGAGGCAAGGCUCUCAUUUCCAUCCGGUCAUUCCUCAAGCAUUGCCUUCUCUAUGGUUUUUACAGCUUUUUACAUAUCCUCCAUUGACAUAGUACACAGGAGGUCCCCUGCUCAGUUCUUCCUUCUUACAAUGUACGGAGUACUCUUUCCUUCUCUAGUUGCAUUGUCAAGAAUUGAUGAUCAUCGUCAUCACUUUCGUGAUGUCAUUUUUGGCAGUUUACUUGGAAUUUUUCUUGCAAGCAUUUUAGUAUUUUUCUCUCUCGAGUAUUUUGAGCUUUGGAAAAAGAAAGUGAAAAGUAAAGAAGAAGAAGAUGAAGAAGAAAGAUUGCAGGAGGUUGUGAAAGAUAAAGAUUGAGUAGAAUUAUAACAACUUUAUUUUCAUCAUUAUCGUCAUUUUUUGUAAACUUUAA